CGUAACCGGGUCCUGAGCCAGGCGGUCCAGGAGCAUCUCCUGCAGCCCAGAGCUGCUGGGCAGACCUCUCCGUCCUAACGUGGCCGAGCUCUGUCCGCGGGCCUGGCGCUGUGGAGGCCGGGACACAAAGCCUAGGGCUUGUCCUGGACUUUGGGAAAGGCCACAGCGGUCAGGCGUCCGCAGGAAGCCGAGCCCCGGGGGAGCUGGGGGCCGGCAGUCACGUCCUGCGAGCGGGCGGGCGGGGUGGCCCCAGCCGCGGGUAUUUUGGGAAGCGCCCUGGGUCGGUCCAGCACAGCCACUGGCUCUCCUGCACAAGUUAGUCCCCAGCUCAGAUCUGGGGUAAAAAAGGAAAAUGCCUGCCCUUCACAUCGAAGAUUUGCCAGAAAAGGAAAAGCUGAAGCUGGAAGUAGAGCAACUUCGCAAAGAAGUCAAGUUGCAGAGACAACAGGUGUCUAAGUGUUCUGAAGAAAUAAAGAACUAUAUUGAAGAACGUUCUGGAGAGGAUCCACUGGUAAAGGGAAUUCCAGAAGACAAGAAUCCCUUUAAAGAAAAAGGCAGCUGUGUUAUUUCAUGAAAAACUCUGGGGUGAACCUUCAUCCUCAGUGGAAGAGCAAGUUUUGUUUUUCUGUUUGAUUUUUGUCAAAUGAUACCAAUGUGUCUUUGAAGGAAAGGAAAAAUAGAUUUUUUAAAAGACACUCUUCAGCACCAUAUAGAUAUGGUUAUGUAUAAAAAAAGAACAUAUCUGCUUCCCAUGUUUGCUCACUGCUUACCCGCUUUCAGAGGCCUGGGUGUCUAAUGUACAAUUAUAGAAUUAAGGAAAUUGCUCAUGCAUGACUCACCUCAUUCCAUGUAUCACUUGCUGCCUCCAAUAAAGUUUUGUCUUGGGAAAA